CCGCCGAUGCGCACGAACACACACAUCAGAGCUCUGUUAUCACAGACAGAGUAGCCGUGAAAACAUUAUUGUGUUCAUUUGCGUCGAACGAAUUCUAGCGUUACCGAUCAAUUAAACGCAAUAAACGAACAAUGAUCGGUCAUCCGGUGGCUAGCAGAUGAGCCAAAUCUGAUCAUCGCUGAAAGAAAGAGGCGACAUUUCGGAUAUUUUGUCAGUAUGGCUAGUUGCGGCGAGGUUAAUCUUUCCAUGGACUCCCUGACUUCGGGAAAGAAGGUGAGUGGGGAGUCUGUGACGGAGGGAAGUCCGUCACCGUCGUCUCCUUCCCUGCCCGUGCCAGAGUGCGCAAUCUGCCUUCAGAGCUGCGUCCACCCCGUGCGCCUGCCCUGCCGCCAUGUCUUCUGCUUCCUCUGCGUGAAAGGAGCUUCGUGGCACAGCAAACGCUGCGCGCUUUGCAGACAAGAAGUGCCCGAGGAUUUCCUUGAGCGUCCCACUUUGCUCUCGCCCGAUGAGCUGAAGGCUUCGGCGACGGGUGGACGCGGCGCGGGGACCGGUGGGCACGCUUGGUACUACGAGGGGCGUAACGGAUGGUGGCAGUAUGACGAGAGGACUAGCCGAGAGCUAGAGGAUGCUUUCAACAAGGGCAAAAAGAGCGCCGAGAUGCUAAUCGCCGGAUUCCUCUACGUGGCCGAUCUGGAGAACAUGGUGCAGUACAGGAGGAACGAACACGGCCGUAGGCGGAGGAUGAAGAGGGAUGUGAUGGACAUUCCUAAAAAAGGCGUCGCCGGGCUAAGACUCGAUCCGGAUCCUAAUGUAACGGCGGGAACGGUUCCCAUUGCAGCGCCCGCCGUCGCGGAUUUAAACGUGAAUGUGGAUGGAGCCACAGUGGAGCGAGAGAGCUCUGCGGAUGGAGCGGACACUGGGAUCAACGGAGGACGGCCUCCGGGAGUCUUCGCUCCGGCUCCCGUAAGGCCACCGACCGUCUUAGGAGGUCACCUGACCAGCCCUGCUUCCUCAAGCGACAUUCAGCUCGUACACGCUCUCGGCCAACUCAAUAUGAACCCCGCCGAGCCUGAAGAGGACGACGCAGAGAACGAAGAGGAUUCGGUCGCUCCCGACGCCUCGGCGUACGAGUCCGAGUCUGGCACGAGUGCGGAUGAAGAUGAGGAGGAGGGUGGGGAGGAAAGUGAAGAGGAGAACACGGAGGGCUCUCAGGGUAGUAGGCAUAGACUGCAGCAGUUGGACAGACCGCCCCCUGGUGGCGGGCCUGCGAGUAGCGGCGAUCGGUCUGGGUGUCCCGACGGUCAGUGCACUGUUACGAAGGUCUGACCUCAGCACAACUACAGAACUACCACAACCGCUGGGUAUUUCUAACCAAUCUCUGAAACGCAAAAAACGAAUUGAAAAACGAAACGAAGUGAACGAAUUAUUCAAAUCGCAGAGACUCGGUUUUGGAUGAGGGUGGAGGCUGAGGGGGCGCGGAGGGUUUUGGUGUAGGAAUAGUGCUUGUCUUUUAGGGGACUGUACCAGGGCUGUACUCUUUAAUGGAAAUUACAGGCAAAACUACAAUAAAACUUGCUUUUUACCAUGCCUAGAAAUCUUAUGAAUCGGCCCAACUAUUUUUUUAUUUUUUUUCCGUUCAUUUAAAAAGAAAAGAAAACGACUAUUCACAAUAAAACUGUGAUUGGUAUGACCACUUUUCACCCUAAAAAUGAAACGAAAAAAAAAAAAAAAAGCAGAAUUAGGUUUUGCUCAAGGCUAUUAUGAUGAUUAAGAUUUUCUCGUUUUUCUCAAAGUACUUUUGAACCUUAAUUCUCAAUACAUUAUGUAUUACAGUAGUAAUGAUAAUUUCAGAAUACACGUGCUUAAUUUUACAGUGCAAAAAUAUCUUAGUGAUCCUAAACACAGCAUUCAUUUCAUCUUUAUGUGCGAACAGUGAAAUAAUAACUAAUCAUUUAUUUAUUUUAUCUUUUGAUUUUGGGGUGAAAUAUGACCUGAACAUGUUCUUGACAAGUUUUGUGAGAUUCACUCAUUUUUUAAUCAAGAGAUUUCAUUACAUCUAGCAUGGGUCAACACCAUUAUCCAGAGUCGUACAGUAAUAAAUUAAUGUUAUGUGGUGUAAAGUUAAAUUUUUAUCAUUAAAAAUCAAUAGCAUAUCAGUUUUUACCCUUAUCAUUAGUUUGGUUGGAAACCACUUGGAUCUUUACUGUUUUGAAUACGACGGUUAUGCUGUAUAUCAAUUCAUUUAUUUUGCUAUCAGCAUUUUCAUGGAAACCACCUGGUACAGAUCCUUCUAAAUCUGCAACAAGUGUUACGAAUGUUUUAUUUGUUGGUGAAAUGACAAGCAUUAGAUGCAAUACCAGCAUAAUUUCAAAUGCAGAAACUAUGAGAAUUUAUUGUAGUUUUGCCAAGGGUUCCUCUUUAAGCUCUAGUCAUUAGAAAACCUUCAGUCAGCUUACAUUUACUACUUCUAGUGUUUCAUAAUGUGAGGUUUAAAAAUGUGUGUGCAUUUGCUUUUAUUUUUACGCGACUCGUCUUAACUCUCGUCUCAUCCUGUGUGCUUUAUCUGUUUCAUUGAUUUGCAUGUGUUGCUGUGAGUGAGGUUGGAGCCCUGGACUAUGGCGCUUUGAACUCUGGGAAAGGCGAGUUUUAUCAGAUAUCACAAGUUGUAGUUGUUCUAGUCCUCAGACUUGAGUUGAGCGAUUGGGUUUCCAGCAUUUGCGAUUUUAAUCCGUUAUUUUUCAACCCUGCUAAUUCUCAUCUCCAUUUGUUCAGGUUCUUUGUUGUCGGCAAAACUAAAUGAAAACUAAAAUCGAGAAUAACUUCUUUUUGAUGUAUUUCUGUUUUAAAUGUGUUGUUUUGUUACAAGAUUUAUCUGAGAAAUAAAGUGUUGUCUGUUAACUGUC